AUUUACGUUUGUAUAUCAGUUUUCUGAUAUCACGUAAGAAGUCCCUAGAACACUUGUGUUGUAAGUAAGAUUGCGGAAUGUCGGAUGAUGAGGACUUGGUUUACGUCAAGAAACAGAAAACUGUUCAUUAUGGAUCGUUGGAAGAAGCUGAGCGUGCAAGAUUGGCCGCGGCAGCAGAAUCUUCCGAAGAAGAGAAGGAUCCCUCGAAUUUGGGAGACGGUCUCAAUGCCGCUGUUACUUUGGCAAAUGUACAUAUAUCUAAUGAAUACAUGGAGCUUGAAGAUGAGAUGUCCAAAGAUAGACAGGCUCUGUUAGAAGAAUUCGAACGCAGGAAGAAAGCACGUCAAAUAAAUGUGUCUACUGAUGAUUCAGAAGUGAAAAAAAAUUUGAGGCAAUUGGGUGAACCUAUUUGCCUGUUUGGCGAAGGGCCUGCAGAUAGAAGAACAAGACUGAGAGAAUUAUUAGCGAGCCUGGGAGAGGAUGCUAUUAAGAAGAAACACGAAGAAGAAGAGAAACCUCCUCAUGCUAUUGAAAGAGAUACUGAAACCACUUGGUAUCACGAGGGACCAGAAUCUCUUCAAAUAGCUCGUUCUUGGAUAUCUACAUACUCACUACCAAGAGCAAAAGCAAGAUUGGAUAAAGCAAGACAAGAUUUAGAGUUACCAACAGCUACACGUACAGCUCGUCGUCAAGAACUUCUGAAGAAAUUGCAAGCACUGACAAUCUAUUGUUCACAAAUUGGGGAUACCAGACCAAUUUCCUUCUGUCAAUUUAGUCCAAAUUCGAAGUUCCUUACUACAGCUUCGUGGUCAGGCUUGUGUAAAAUAUGGUCUGUACCUGACUGUACACUGUUACGAACUCUUAAAGGGCAUACUUGUAAUGUUAGCUGCAUUGUUUUUCAUCCAAAAGCUACUAUUACUGAAGAGGUGGUAGGUGACAAAGCUGGGCAGACUUGUGUACUGGCAUCUUGUGCAUCAGAUGGAACAGUAAAAUUGUGGAGUGGGGGAUCAGGCGAAGAACCACUUGCUGAAGUUGAAGGACAUGAACCACACCGAGUUUCAAGGCUAGCAUUUCAUCCUUCUGGCCGAUUUCUUGGUACUUGUUGUUAUGAUGCAUCUUGGAGACUUUGGGACUUGGAACAACAAGCUGAAGUUUUGCAUCAAGAGGGUCAUGCCCGAGCUGUUCACUGUAUUAGCUUCCAAUGUGACGGUAGUGUGAGUGCCACAGGUGGUCACGACUCCUUUGGCAGAGUAUGGGAUCUUCGUACAGGAAGAUGCAUUAUGUUUAUGGAGGGUCACUUAAAGUCCAUUUUCGGUAUUGAUUUUUCGCCUAAUGGGUUUCACAUAGCAACAGCCAGUGAAGAUAACACUUGCAAGAUAUGGGACUUGCGGAAGAGAUCUUGUGUAUACACAAUACCCGCACAUACAAAUUUAUUAUCAGAUGUGAAAUAUCAGAGGGUAGAAGGGCAGUACCUGGUUACGGCAUCAUACGACAACACUGCUAAAAUAUGGUCAAAUAAAACCUGGCAACCGCUCAAAACAUUACCCGGUCAUGACGGCAAAGUUAUGUCCGUCGAUAUAUCACCUGACCACAAAUUUAUCGGGACUACCUCAUACGACAGAACGUUCAAGUUGUGGGCUCCCGAAAAUAUGUAAAAAGACUAUCGAAUGAGGUG